AUGUCGAUGCCUGUACUCGCUGCUUUCUGGUUGUGUCAAGAUAAAUAUCUCUCCAAACAUGGGAGGACAACAGGUGGCAAACAUUCGGGGUGUGCCUCCGACUUUAGCUAUGAUGCAACUUGUUCAAAAGCCAUCUUGGCAUCAGUAAAAUCUACACUUGCAUCUACUGUUGCAACAGCCAAAUCGGAAAACAAAGCAUGGGCAUCCCUACACAUUGCCUUCGCCGACAAAUCACAUACUAGAAUUAUCAGUCUCCAAGAUCAUUUAUCCCGUAUUACCAAAGAUUCUCGACCUGUCACGGACUAUCUACGUGACAUACGUUUGAUUGCUGAUGAACUUGCAAUUGGCGGAGCAUCGAUCAUAGAUGUGCAACUUACUCUACGAAUCCUCCAAGGCCUUGGUCCCAAAUAUACCGCUAUUUCUGCAGCUAUUCAAUGGCGUGAAAUAAUGAUCACCUAUGAAGAACUCUAUAGGAAACUUCUUAAUCAUGAGAUCUUUCUUAAGCAGGAAGAAGCCAAGCAGAUACCACCAAUCAUUGCUACAAUUGCUCAAUGA